UGUUUCAGCCCGAGCCGCUCCGGGAAACAGAGAUGGACGCAGACCACUUUUAUCCCAAAACAAAUCGAUUUCAAGCUCGGACUCGGAAACAAAUGAUGGAUAAGUGACAAUCUCGUUGUUUAAUGGUGCUCUGCGACUCGUUUUUCUCGCCGCUCGCGAAGUUAAAAGCACAGAGCGCAACUUGUGUGACUUGUGAGGAGGAAGUUUGUUGUGGUGAAGGAGACAGAGGAAACCGGGCCGGAACAGCCCGACAUGGAGGACUCGGUGUCGGCCCUGGAGAAGAAUGUGGCCGACCUGACGGUGAUGGACGUGUACGACAUCGCCGCGGUGGUCGGCCAGGAGUUUGAGCGGAUCAUAGACCAGCACGGCUGCGAGGCUCUGUCCCGGCUGAUGCCCAAGGUGGUGCGGGUGCUGGAGAUCCUGGAGGUGAUGGUGAGCCGCAGCAGCGCCGGCCCGGAGACCGAGGAGCUGCGGCUGGAGCUGGACCGGCUGCGGCUGGAGCGGCUGGACCGCCUGGACAAGGACAAGCGGCACAGACAGGAGUUGGAGCGUGUGGAGGAUGUGUGGAGGGGAGAGGCCCAGGACCUGCUGUCCCAGAUCGCUCAGCUGCAGGAAGAGAACAAAUCCCUGCUCUCCAGCAUGCCCUUUAAAGACUCGAUGAAUGAGGAGGACCUGCAGAGACACGAGGGUAUGACGGAGAGGGAGAAGCAGGUGAUGAUGAAGCUGAAGGAAGUGGUGGACAAGCAGAGGGACGAGAUUCGAGCAAAGGAUCGUGAGCUCACGUUGAAAAGCGAGGACAUAGAAGCACUCCAGCAGCAGCAGUCUCGCCUCAUGAAAAUAAACCACGACCUGCGUCACAAGAUCUCCGUGGUGGAGGCUCAGGGGAAAGCGCUCAUUGGGCAGAAGGUGGAGCUGGAGGCCGGCGCCCAGACGCAGGCACAGGAAGUCGGUGCUCUUCGGCAGGAAGUGACACGCUUGCGGGAGCGGCUUCAAGGAAACCGGCCCUCACAGAACUGUGAGGACCCCCCGGCUCAGCCCCCCUCUCCUGCAGAGCGUGGUAAAGCAGUGGUGUCGGGGGCCGAGGGCUGGUCAAUCAGACUCGACCCCGGCAAGCUGAUACAGAGUGGGUUUGAUCCCGCCCUGCAGCCUCUGCCCGGCUCCCUCAGUCCAGAGGGACACGAGGAUGAGGAAGCUGAGGAUGAGGAGGCAGUGUUGCUCUGGGAGGCGAUGUGUGAUGAGGACAUGCCUGCUGUGUUCCAAUAUUUCACCAAGGAGGCGCUGUGUGAGGAGGAAGGGCUCGGCCUGGACUCGAAAGACCCCAACAGACCUCGAUUCACUCUGCAGGAACUGAGGGACGUCCUCCAUGAGAGGAAUGAGCUCAAGGCCAAAGUUUUCCUGCUGCAGGAGGAGCUGGCGUACUACAGAAGCGAUGAAGCAGAGGAGGAGAUGGUAACACCCACUCCGUCACCCUCGCCUGAACCGAGGACUCGCUCCCGUUCGUCUGCCCAGCCGGAGUCAGGAAUCAAGCGCCUGAUCUUCACAGCCAUAAUGCCGAUGGUGACGGCUGGCUUGAUCCCAGAUGACCCCACUUUACAGCCAAUCAGACGCCUCAUGUCGCUUGUUUAGUUUCUUCUCGCGUGACAAAAACCGCAGCUCGCAGCUCAACGCCAGCUUUGGCUCGUGGCCGGGAAAAGACGGCGUGUUCACAGAACAGGCUGAGGAGGCCCUGCAGCACAUGUAGUCUCUGGAGCGGACUUGCAACACAACACUCCACGUCCACCGAGCACCAGACCCCCCACCAGCCACUCCCCGAAACAUCGCGUGCUUCAGUUCAGAGGUCUCACAGAAAGAUGUGUGUUUUGAAAAAAGUGAAAAAGUGUUUUGGUUUCAGCAGGAUUUGUUUGCAGAGGCGGCUGUGAAGGAUGGAAAGUAAAACAUAGAUGUGUGCGCAGAGUAAACAGAGUGAAAGUGAGUGGAGAUUGAAUUUUAGGCAAACCUACAAAGAAAUCACACUAGCUUUUGAAUAACUUUUACGUCUCAUUAAUUUAUUGUAUACAGUAUUUAUGUAUCGUCAACACCAGCAUUUUGCAAAUUGAAAUGCUGCAGCUCUGUAAAUCUGAUCAAGGCCUGCUCAUAAAAUGUUGCAUGAAAUCACAAAUUAAAGCUGCGCAGAAAACAACAUGAAUCAACUCAAGGUAGCAAAACCACUUCGGACUACAUGGGGGGAUCGGACGAAAACAAAGUUCAAUUGUCGGCCGCAAGUUCACCCGUAAUAGACACCACACCACACACCACAUGACAAUUUCAUCAGUGGCUUGUAAGCCAACAAAGCCGAUCUUUAUGCCCCCGUGUGGUCAGAUGUGGUGUUGCAGCAUAGUACAUGUGGAAACCUGUUUCUGCAGAGAAAAGGAAUUAAAGAUGAGGAAAGAUCAAAACUAGCUGGAUUCCAAGCUGUACGCUUUACUAAUGUAUACUGUUUUUCCUUGAAUUUAGUAUGUAAUAAGCGAACAAUUGCACGGCCUGCACGUGACAAAAAAAUGCCCAGAUGUUGUGCACCUUACGGACAGAAACUCCAGUUCAGCGGAAUCCCAUCGCAGAGUGAAUCACGAAAGCAGAAGAUUUUUAAGACAUCAGACUGUUUACUAACAGCCUCCAUGGUAACAGUAUGCAAUACGCAGAGCUGCCUGGGAGAUUUGCGAGGCCCUGUGCGAAAUUGCCGGGGGGGGGGCCCUCGCGCGUGAGCGAAAUUUUUUGGAUUUUUCGGGUCUGAUCCGGUGUCUAUAUGCGCAAUUUUAACUCUCCAAUUAGGAAAAUACUGGAUACCUUCCCCUGCCUCAUCAUCAUCUCUUGCCUCGACGCGGGUCCCACAGCUGCUUGAGACCCGGUCGGAUCGGUGAUUUUUGUAACAAAUUUAUCAAACAAGCCUUUCAGAGAGGCAUUAAACUCUUCCAUUUUCUUUAGUUUUUUUUCUUUUUUCAUUCCCUGAUGGAAAUUUCCUGAAUCUGUCUCGUUCUCUCAACAUUGUGUGACAGUUUGUUCCAACUCCACCGUCUGGAUCAGAGCAGCUUGUGUCUGCGCUUGGUCUGAUCAGUUGUAUUGAACAACAGACACGCGCAUCAUUGCACAUAUAUUUAUUGAUAUGCACAGACUAGUACACAUUUAGGUCUGUAAUGGAACGUGACUGUUUAUAUUUAUAAGGGAAAAAAGGAAAAAAAAAAACGGAAAAAAAAAAAUUGAAAAAUCUUUUUUUUUUUUUUUUUUUUCAAAAACGGCUCAUAGCGCGAGGCCCCGUGCGGUCGCAUGGUUCGCACACCCCUUGCGGCGGCCCUGGCAAUACGUAAUCGAUUACGGUGAUUCAUGCCUUUAGAAGCUGUGUGGCUGUAAUUAAGAAUUACAAUAACUUUGACAGGAUCAACAUUCUGACUGACAGAAGUGGUAAAUGGCUUACACUUAUACAGCGCUUUCCAGCUGUACUCCUACAGCCUCAAAGCGCUUUACACUGUAGACGUUCACCCACACACGCACAUUCACACACCGGUUGUCGGCGGAGCUGCCAUACACGACGCUGGCCUGACAACCGGGAGCAACCGGGGGAUUCAGUGUCUUGCCCAAGGACACUUUGGUGGACACAGGUGGAACUAGGGUUCAAACCACUGACCUUCAGGUUCAUGGGCGAACGCUCUACCAACUUAGCCACCUACCCCAGCUUAUAAGCUUAUAAUUCACAAAGAAUUUAAUAUUUUGAUGUAAAAAAUAUCUAGCUGUUAGGCCAUAGUUAUCUUUAUUUCAUUACUGAUUUACCGUGUGAUUAGAGUUGACACAAAUAUGAGUUUCUUUCAUGUGAUUUAGACAUCAAAUCAUGUUUUUAAUGCCUUACUCACCUUUUCUGGGCAGAAAUGGGAUUCCGCGAAAGAAAUGUUUGGCUUGA